AUGGCUCUCCCUCCUAGAGUGUACCAGUUCCUGGUCGCCAUCUUUGCCUCACUUGGCUCUCUUCUAUACGGUUAUGAUCUUGGUGUCAUUGCCGAGGUGAUUGCCUCUGGCAACUUCAAGAGCAAAUUCGGCGAUGAUCCUAAUGCCACCGGUGCCGUGGUAUCGGUCUUCACAGGCGGUGCUUUCUUUGGCGCCAUGUUUGCUGGUUACGCUGGUGAUCGCAUCGGUCGCAAAUGGACCAUCAUGAUCGGUGCUCUUAUUUUCUUAUUGGGAGGUGGUCUUCAAACCGGAGCCGAUCAUAUCAAUUAUCUCUACGCAGGUCGUGCUCUUGCUGGCCUCGGCGUCGGUUUUCUCGUCAUGAUCGUCCCCGUCUAUCAAGGCGAGCUUUGCCAUCCUGACAUCCGCGGCCGUGUCACAUCCCUCCAGCAAUUCAUGCUCGGUAUCGGUGCCCUCGUCGCCACGGCCAUCGGCUACGGAACAUACACCGGUCUCGACGACGAUAACUCGGGCCAGUGGCGUAUCCCUCUUGGAAUCCAGAACGUCCCUGCUUUCUUCCUCGCUGCUCUUAUUCUGUUCUUCCCCGAGUCUCCUCGUUGGUUGAUUGACCACGGACGCGCGGAGGAGGGUCUCCAGACCCUUGCCAAGCUUCACGCUCAUGGUGACGUUAACGAUACCUGGGUCCGGGCAGAGUUUGAUCAGAUCCAAGAGCGUCUUGCUCUUGAGCAUGAGGCCUCUGCUAAGAGCUACAGUGAGCUCUUCACUGACAAGUCCUGCUUCCGCCGUCUCUGGCUUGCCAUUUCCGUGCAGGUCGCUGCCCAGAUGACCGGUGUCAGCGCAAUUCAGUACUACUCCGUCGCCAUCUACGCCAAGAUUGGUAUUCAAGGCGACGAGACCCUCCGAUACCAGAUGAUCUCCUCCGUCAUCGCCCUCAUCGCCCAGUUCAUCUGCAUGGUCGUCAUCGACCGCACCGGUCGUCGCUGGCCCCUUAUCGGCGGCAACAUUCUCAACUGCAUCACCUUCAUCAUCGCCACUAUCCUCCUUGCUAGCUUCCCUCCCGGAGCCGAGAGCGCUGGUGGUGGUGCAGCUGGCUGGGGAUUUAUUGUUGUCACCUGGGUGUACAACUUUUCCUUCAGUGCUACCUGUGGACCGUUGUCUUGGAUCAUCCCCGCUGAGAUCUUCGAUAUGAAGACCCGUGCUAAGGGUGUUUCCGUGGCUACUAUGAUGUCCUUUGCUUUCAACACCAUGAUUGGCCAGACCACCUCUGUCGCUCUCGACGACAAGACCGGUAUUGGCUGGAGAUGGUACAUCCUCUUCAUUGUCUGCAACUUCACCAACGCCGUCUACUUCUGGGCAAUCCUCCCUGAGACCGCUAACCGCCCCCUCGAGGAGAUGCGAUAUCUCUUCACCGAGGCUCCCUUGUUUGUUCCUCUUAUGGACAGUUCCAAGUUUGCCGCUGGUCAGGAUCUUGAGCGUCGGGUUGAAAAGGUUGAGGAGAAGCAGGAGCUUGAACACCGCGAUUAG